AUGAGCCAGUAUUUGGAGACAAGAGAAGACAAGAAGAAAAGGAAGACGUUGACAGGGAGACCCCAUGGCCGAUGAUCGUUCAGUCGUUUCUCGAGGUGACAGGAUCAGGAAAAAGCCUCGUGGGAGAAGGCCUCUUCCACCAAAGGUGGCUGCGAAUCAGGGAGAGGACAAAGCCCAAGCUUGUCCAUGUUCCAGUGCCGAUGACCCGGAUAAACGGCGAUAUCCGCAGUAACCUGAGCGCUACCGGCCAUGCUGAGAAAACGCCUGGGGACAGCCGGAUACCGUCCUCCCUGCGGUCACACUUGUGCGACCACAAACUAGCCACGAAACUUCGUUUCUUGACUAAUAAACUCCUAUGUAGCAAGUUUAGCAAAACGAGAGCAAAGUGAAAGCAGAAGCAAACGUUUCGACAAGUGGACUUGUCUUUUUCAAGGUGACAUAUGUGCUGCACGUUGCCUUUCCGUAUAUAGGCCACCAUCACAACCAGAUUCAAGGAUUCCAUCGGUGAAGUUUUAUAGAAAUGCAUUCAUGU